AUGAACAAUGACAUUGAACAGGCGAUCAGUUCAUGUGCUCAAUGUCAGGAGUUUCGCCCGAGCCAAUCGCCCGAACCUCUUUGCCAAUCCACCGCCACCCGCCCAUUUGAGUCCGUCUCCGUGGAUUUGUUUCACAGCGCUGGGGCUCAUUACUUGAUCAUGGUGGACCGAUUUACGGGUUGGCCGUGCGUGUCUCGCCUUUCUCGAUUGGACACGCGGACCAUCAAAGACAUUCUGGAGGACUGGUUCGCGGAUUAUGGGAUUCCCCAGCAUUUGCGCUCCGAUGGUGGACCUCAAUUUCGCAAUGAUUUUGCCGAAUUUUGCCGCCGCACCCAUAUCCAUCAUGAACUCUCCUCGGCCUACCACCCCGCUUCCAAUGGUCACGCCGAAUCUGCAGUUAAAGCCAUGAAGACCUUACUCCAAAAGCAGUGGCCACAAUUGGCGAAAUUUUCGGCCAGCUCUUUUGGCUUGGCGCAACGUCCCCCGGACUGA